AUGGCGGCCAAAGACCGCGACACAGCCCUCGAGCUGGCCGAUCUAACGCGCCAACUCGCCACGGCCCGCUCCCUCCUCACCUACGAGCAAACCUGCCACACCACCACCCGCCUCGAAGCCGCCGAAUCGCAGCGGCAGCAGCGCGUCCGCCUCAUCCACCUCGAGCCCUCGUACGCGCUCCUCCUGUCCGACUACAACAAUGAGAAAGCCUACUCCGCGACGCUCGAGAAGCACGCCCAGCACGCGGCGGCCCGCAUCGCCGAGCUGGAGGAGGACAGCCUUGAGCUGGGGGCGGUCAAACACCAGCUGGAGAUAACCACAAAAGCACACCGGGAGCAGCUCAGGGGGCUGUUCGAUCAGGACACGGUGCAGGGCGCGCGGGAGGAGGAGCAGAUGAAGGAGCUGGGGGAGAUGAACGUCCGGUGUAGGGAGCUGGAGGACGAGGUAGCGGGGCUAUAUCGGGACGCCAAAGCGGCGCAGAGCCAAGCAAGGAAGGCGGAGAAAGAUCACGGCAAGCUCUCGGACGAGCACAAGAAACUCACGGAGGAGCACAAGGAGCUGCAGUCCGCACACAAAGACCUCGAGAAGACGCACAAAGACCUCGAGAAGACCCUCCACACGCAGACCACCGCCCUGUCCACCCUCACCUCCGAGCAUGCCUCCGCAAAAGCCCUCAUCACAGACCUCACCGCCUCCAAAACCACCGCGCACACCACCCUCGCCGCCGCCGAGUCCAAAGCCGCCGCCGAGCUCGCCGACGCCCGCGCCACCAUCGCCGCCCACAAGACCGAGCUGCACACGCUCGAAGCCAAGCUGCAGGACCACGUCGACCGCCUCGCAAAGGCGCUUACCUCCAAGGCUGCCACAAAGGCCGCCCUCGAGUCCGAGCUGGCCACGCUGCGCCUCGAACUCCGCGACGCCCAGGAGGACGCUGACGACGCGCGCGCGGCGCGGAACGAGGUGCUCGCCCUCGAGAAGCAGCUGGCGAGUCUGCGCGCCGAGCUCGACGCCGCGCGGAAGGCCCCCGCACCAGCACCAGCAGCAACAGCAACAGCAAAAGACAAAGACACCGCAGCGGCGCUCAAGCGCGAAACCAAGCUGCGCGAAAAGGCCGAGUCGGAGCUGGCGGCGCUGACCGCGCAGCACGCAACAAUACUCGCCCAGCUCGAGUCCACGCGCGCCAAGCUCGCAAAGGCCAAGAAGGUCACUCUCCCGCCGGCCUCCUCCGCCGCCACCGCCGCCGACGAUAGCAAGAAGCGCCCCGCGGCCGCGACAACAACGCUCACGAUGGCGGACCUGGAGCACUCGGCGAAGCGGCCGCGGAAGGAGGGGCCAAAGGUCAGCGACUUUAGCAUCACGCCGUUCCUGCGCAAGACGGCGGCCGUGGUGAGUGAUGACCCGAGCACGCCGACGGGCGGAGCAGGGGGGGAGACGAUGGCGGGGAUGGAGACGGAGAGUAGUGUUGUGGUGCCGGCGGUGGUGGAGAGUUCGUUGCCGACGCGGAUGCUGCUCGCGGGGGCGGCGAGGAAGAGGAAGGCGGCGGCGCAGGUGGAGGCGCCGGUGGUGGUGGAGGAGGAGGCGCCGAGUCCCGAGCCGGAGCUGGUCAAGAGGAAGGGGAAGAAGCCGGUUGUGGAGAAGGUGGUGGAGCGGGAGAGGGAGAGGGAGGUGGGGAUUUUCGAUUCGCCGAGCUCGCUGCCGGUGCCGGUGAAGGCGAGGAAGCCGGCGGAGAAGAAGCCGGCGGAGAAGAAGCCUGCGGAGAAGAAAGAGAAGGCGGUAGCGGCGGCGGCGGAGAAGAAGGAGAAGGCGGUAGCGGCGGCGGCGGAGAAGAAGGAGAAGGUUGCUGCAGCGGCAGCGGAGAAGAAAGAAAAGAGCAAGGAGACGAAAGAGAAGGAGAAGGAGAAGGAGAAGGAGAAGGAGAAACCGCUAAAGGGCAAAGGCAUCAUGCCGACAGUCUUCGACGAAGACGACGGCACGGGGCGGCUGGUCAUGAAUAUCGAGGCGCAGGAGAAGGAGAAAGGCAAGGGAAAGGGGCUGGGGCUGGACGGCGGGGAUGCGGGGCUGAUGCUGGUGCCUGUCGUCAGCGCGUUUAAUCGCGAUAUCAGCCCGGCGAAGAAGAGGCCGGAUGCGCUGAAGAAGCUGUUUGCUGGGAAGAAGAAGUAG